AUGGAUCUCGCAGAAGGGAGUAUCGACAGCGAAAAAGCCUUCCAUGGACCCGAUACGCCUUUGUCUUUGUCUGAUGAAGAACUCAGAAAGGUCCAACGGCGGAUUGAUAUCCGCAUCAUCCCCUGGUUAUGCAUAACCUACCUAGUCAUGCGCAUCGACAUCAACAAUAUCUCCAACGCCGCUAUCAUCAACAUCGAACAAGGACACGGGAUCAAGAAACAGCUGCACCUGAGUACGCACGAUUGGAAUUGGGUCGUUUCGUGUUUCUUCUAUCCCUAUGCUGCUUUUGAGCCGGUGUCUACGCUCCUGAUGAAGCGGACGACACCGAGCUUCUGGAUCGGGCGAAUCAUGAUAACAUGGGGUAUCAUCGUCAUGUGCAUCGCGUCCGUGCAAACCUACGGUGGUCUCAUAACUUGUCGAGUCCUUCUGGGUGCCGCCAAAGCGGGGUACUACCCUUGCGUGAUAUACUACCUCGCAUUCUGGUUUAGACCAGAAGAACUAGCUCUCCGAGUGGCUGCGUUCUACUCGUUCGGCCAGGUCAGCGGUUUCGUGGGGGGUUUCCUAGCAUUUGCGAUUUCGUAUGCGGAUGGGGUUCUAGCGGGAUGGAGAUGGCUCUUUAUCAUCGAGGGUAUACCGGCUAUCCUAAUGGGAGUGAUGACUCUCUUCAUACUCCCCGAUUUUCCGCAGACAGCUACAUUCUUGACAGAGCGUGAAAGGGUGACGGUAAUCGAUCGGUUGUCUAGAGAUGCCCCUUCGAAGGAGGGAAAGGCUUGGGAUAAGGGUGAGGUGUUGGGGCUUUUUGCAGACCCGACGUUCUGGACGUUCUCUGCGGUGUGGUUUUGCCAUGCUGUGGGAGGAUUCGGGUUGUCGUAUGUCCUGCCUACAGUGAUAUACGAGCUUGGGUUUACAACGACGGCGCUGAGCGACGUCCUCUCUAUGCCCCCAUCUCUGAGCACAUUCGUGUUGCUGAACACGCUGGGAUGGCUCAUCCAGAAACGUUUUUGGAACCCCUUCCGGAUAGCUAUAGGAUCUGUGGUGCGUUACCUGGCACUGUUGGUAGCAACAGCGACUGCUGGGUCGGUAUAUGCCGUGCUCUGGCCAAACCGUGUUGAAGCUGCGCGGGGAACAUCAGCCGCUGGGAUGGCAAUAGGGAUUACCAACGCCAUUGCACAGUUCUCUGGUAUCCUUGGGCCGCAGGUCUUUUCUGGUAUAUACGGACCGUCGUACAGGGUCUCGUUUUCUGUCUGUGUGGGCCUUUUGGCGGGUGCAGUGGUGUCGAUUGGGGCGUCUGCUGUGUUGUUGCGCCGAUGGUGGGGAGAUGGGAGGACUGGCAGUGGUAGUAUCUCAUCAAAGGGGAAUAUUGACGAAGUGAAGUAAAUCAAAUUCCUAUAUUUGGUGCAGAACUCGAAUUCUCUAGAGGCAAAAAUGUCGAGAAGGAUGUUUUUUGCGAGGCAAAAGAUAGCUUGAGGCAUCUUUACCAGACUUGUGCACGGGAAGUAACAGCGGGAAGGAC